AUGAAAAGCCCCUCUACCAUGGAUCCUGAGGCGCCGGCUCCACCGGGCACUCCGCCAGAUAGGAAGGAGAAGCCUGGGGGAGGAGGAGGAGGGAGGCAGGGGCGCAAGAAGCUGCCAUGGCGGAUGACGCUGAGCCUGGCGUACCAGAGCCUCGGGGUGGUGUACGGCGACCUGAGCACGUCUCCCCUGUACGUGUACAAGGCGGCGUUCGCGGACGACAUCCAGCACUCGGAGACCAACGAGGAGAUCCUGGGCGUGCUCUCCUUCGUCUUCUGGACGCUCACCCUCCUCCCGCUCCUCAAGUACGUCUGCGUCGUCCUCCGCGCCGACGACAACGGCGAGGGCGGCACCUUCGCGCUCUACUCCCUCCUCUGCCGCCACGCGCGCGCCACCCUCCUCCCGCCGGGCCGCGCCGCCGCCGGCGACGAGGACGGCGGCGACGGCGCCGUCGCCAAGAAGUACCUGGAGACCAACGGCAAUGCCGCCGCCGCCGCCACGCUGGGCGGGCGCGGCGGGGGCGCGGCCGCCAGCGUCAGGCGGAUGCUGGAGCGGCACAAGGUGCUGCAGCGGGUGCUGCUGGUGCUGGCGCUGGUGGGCACCUGCAUGGUGAUUGGCGACGGCGUGCUCACCCCCGCCAUCUCCGUGUUCUCCGCGGUGUCUGGGCUGGAGCUGUCCAUGGAAAAGGGACACCACAAAUAUGUUGAGUUACCCCUUGCUUGCUUCAUACUGGUUUGCCUGUUUGCACUGCAACACUAUGGGACACACCGGGUGGGAUUCCUUUUUGCUCCGAUUGUGAUAGCAUGGCUUCUUUGUAUAAGCAUGAUUGGUGUUUACAAUAUUGUGAUAUGGGAACCUCAUGUCUAUCGAGCAUUAUCCCCGUAUUACAUGUACAAGUUCUUGAAGAAAACACAGAGAGGAGGUUGGAUGUCCCUGGGAGGAAUACUGCUAUGUGUUACUGGAUCUGAAGCUAUGUUUGCAGAUCUGGGGCAUUUUAAUCAGUUGUCGAUACAGAUUGCUUUUACUUGCAUGGUCUAUCCCUCACUGAUCCUUGCAUACAUGGGCCAAGCUGCUUAUCUGUCGAAGCAUCAUAUCCUGGAAGGAGACUACAGGAUCGGAUUCUACGUGUCUGUGCCUGAACAAAUCAGAUGGCCCGUUCUCGCGAUCGCCAUUCUCGCAGCAGUAGUGGGGAGCCAAGCUGUUAUCACUGGUACAUUUUCAAUGAUCAAGCAGUGCACUGCUCUAGGCUGCUUUCCCCGGGUGAAGAUCGUGCACACAUCCUCCAAAGUACACGGACAGAUAUACAUUCCGGAGAUCAAUUGGAUCCUGAUGAUACUGUGCUUAGGCGCAACCAUUGGAUUCAGAGACACGAAACACUUGGGCAACGCAUCAGGAUUGGCUGUUAUAACUGUAAUGCUGGUCACGACAUGUCUGAUGUCGCUGGUGAUAGUCUUGUGCUGGCACAAGAGCAUAUUCCUCGCCCUCGGGUUUAUCGUGUUCUUCGGCACCAUUGAGGCACUCUACUUCUCGGCAUCGCUCAUCAAGUUCAGGGAAGGAGCCUGGGCACCGAUCGCUCUCUCCUUCUUCUUCAUGCUGGUGAUGUGCAUCUGGCACUAUGGCACCAUCAAGAAGUACGAGUUCGACCUUCAGAACAAGGUGUCCAUCAACUGGCUCCUCAGCCUCAGCCCGAACCUUGGCAUCGUCCGUGUCCGGGGCAUCGGCCUCAUACACACCGAGAUCGACAGCGGCAUCCCUGCUAUCUUCUCCCAUUUCGUCACCAACCUACCUGCAUUCCAUCAGGUGCUCAUCUUCAUGUGCAUCAAGGACGUGUCGGUGCCACACGUGUCACCUGAGGAGCGGUUCCUGGUCGGAAGGAUCGGGCCCAAGGAGUACAGGAUCUACCGGUGCGUGGUCCGGUACGGGUACCACGACGUGCACAUGGACGACCAGGAAUUCGAGAAGGACCUCGUGUGCAGCGUCGCCGAGUUCAUACGCUCCUCAGGAGGCGGUGCCAGUGCUGGAGCGGCCUCCAAGGCCAACGGCGUGUGGCAUGGUGAAGAGCACGACAAGGUUGACGAGGAGCGGAUGUCAGUCGUUGCCUCAGGCAGCAUGCGCAUGCUGGAGGAGGAUGAUGCCAUGGCUGGGGGCACCAUCGCCAUCGGUUCCUCGCGUGCCAGGUCAGGGGAGAUACAGUCCCCGUCACCAUCGCCGUCACCGGUGCCAGUGCAGCUGGGUGUGAAGAAGAGGGUGAGGUUCGUGCUGCCGGCGACGAGCCUGAGGCCGAACGCCGGCGUGCAGGAGGAGCUCAAGGACCUGACUGACGCCCGGGAGGCAGGCAUGGCAUUCAUCCUGGGCCACUCCUACGUCAAGGCCAAGAACGGUUCCAGCUUCCUCCGCCGGCUGGUGAUCAACUUCGGCUACGACUUCCUGAGGAGGAACAGCCGGGGGCCCAACUACGCCGUCACCGUCCCGCACGCCUCCACCCUCGAGGUCGGCAUGAUAUACUAUGUCUGAACUCUGAACUCUUCUAAAGAAGAAGAUAGGAAGAAGAAAAAACAAAGCUAGAAGGCAAAGGAAAGGAACCGAAUUUUCAGUUGUAUAUGCUAGAUUUGGAUAUAUGAGUUACAUGUAGCCUGUUUUCCCUUCCUCUCCUUGUAAGUAGUACUCCAUACAAAGACGCCAUUAGAGAGGCUGGGAAGCCCAAAUUAGAAGCUCUACUACAGAAAACCGAUGUUGAGCUCUCUGUACAUCAGAAUUCAGAAGAGAUCUCAAGCGCCGUGAAAGCGGGAUGCGAAGCUACUGAACUACCGAAGAGGAUCCAGGCGAGUACGUCGUCCUGGCAAAUAGUGCCUCUGCGUGCCUCCUUUGACGGAUUCAGCGAGGCCCCGAGGAUGUGUGGCGUUAUGAUGAUCAAAGUCCAGAUGCAUUUUUCUCUUCUGGAUUUAUUUGGACAUCAAAUACAAUAACUGAAUAUGCAAACACCUUCACUAAAUUAAACUCA